AUCCUCCAGAGUGCGCUAUCUUGCGGCCAAAUCGCGAAGCUUCGAUAGUUCGAGCGCUGUUUUGUUAAUCGCGAAAAGCGCGGGUUUUGCACUUAUUUUCAGAAAUGAUAUAUGUGCAUUCUUCAAAAUUAUGAAUAACAAGCCUCACAUUAGAUAAAUAAAACUUAAUCUCCCUCAGAGUUUGUGAAGGAACUCCACGAAAGUUCUGCGAAGUCAAAAUGCAAGCAAUUUUAUUCAAAUGUUCUUAACUGAAGGUGCGGUUUUAAAUGACAAUGAAGUUUAAGAAAAGUUUAAUUAUAAGCCCAUGUCUCAUUGAACUCACAAAGUGAAGGAAACUAUAAUUUCGUAAUGAAAGUCUCUUAAGAUAUGAACAAAAUUUGAAAUAUCGAGAUGAGGACGAGGACUAAAGUCUCUAGACGCAUUUACAAAGAAAAAUAAUCCGAUACUUGAUUUAAGUUAUUAGUGGAUCAUCACAUUUUUUGUUAAAACGUUUGAAAAUCGGAACAUCAAGUGAAUAAUUUAAUCAACUGUGAGAUAAAGAAGAACAAAACGUCAACGUUCAUAUUGAAGAAAACAAAGUGCGAUGGAUUUUGUACUUCCACUGUUGAUCGUGCUGUUGCAACAAGAAGUUGGCGCGCUGAAGCUACUUCAGAUAAGCGUUCCACCAUACGCCGUGAAGAGUGGAAAUGCGCUCCUACAGUGCAGUUAUGACUUGGAGUCUGAUACACUUUAUUCUGUUUCUUGGUAUAAGGACAAUGAAGCUUUCUAUACUUAUAAACCAAAAUCGGACCCCAAACAACACAGCUAUGUGGUAGAAGGUGUAAGAGUCGAUCUAGCACAUUCGAAUCACCAAAAAGUUCACCUGAGGCACGUGGAACUUCAUACAGCAGGAAGGUAUAAGUGCGAAGUUAGUGCAGACGCCCCGAAGUUCUUAUCCUUAGAAAAGGAGGCAUUUAUGGAAGUUGUAGUUUUACCGCAAGAAGGGCCAAUGAUUACUGGCCAAGAAAAUAUUUAUGCAAGUGGUGAUACUCUUGCACUAAAUUGUACCAGUGGAAGAUCAUAUCCUCAAAGCCUGUUAAGGUGGUUUAUCAAUGGUAUUCAGGUUAAACCUGAUUCUGAAAUGAUUAUACCCCAACAACAUGGUCUCUAUAUUGUAAAAUCGAGUUUACGUCUCGAAGUUGGACCACACCAUCUUGCUAGCGGUCAGAUGAAAAUAAGAUGUGAAUCUGCAAUCCAGGCGACACAAAUGAAAGUACCGUUAAUUAACCUGCAAAAUACCGAAAUAUUGGUGCAAGGUCACGCCAGCAUAUAUUCUCCAUCUUUGUCUCUUUUAAUAAUAAUGCUUCUGGUGCGGCAACAUCUGGUGCAUUAGAAUCAUGAGAAUAAAAAUCCCUCAUUAAUUACAUGAAUAUUUUCCCUAAAAGAGCCAAUCGAAGGAGUAUCAGAGAUGAAAGACAGAAAUUGAAGAAGAUGAAAGAGAGAUACGUUUCGUGACAAAAGACAAUCAUAGACUACAUUUACAUGCGUUUUGCCCUUUAGACAAGACGUAACCAUCGAUGUAUGAUAAGUACAACCACAGGUGGAAAUUCAAUUAAACAUAUUGCUAGUUAUACUUAACUAGGCAUCUCAACACUUAAGUUUUGAUUUGUGAGUUAUUUUUUUAUAAAGUUUUCAAAUAGACCGGUCUGGAAGACCAUGAAAUAGAAUAAGAAAUUUCUGGCUAUGAGGUACUAUUAUAUUUUUUCCUUUAUUAUAAAUACCUAAACAUAUCAGUUUAUACCAAUUUAUACAACAUAAAAUACAAUCUCUUAUUUCAGUUAAGGCAAAUUUAAAAAUUAGUAAUAAAGAAGGCGAUUUUCACAAACAGUUUUUAUGUAUGGAUAUCAUCUUUAAUUGUGAAGAAUUUAAAACAAAAAGGGUGCGAGAUAUCGUGUUAGACUUCUGUACUCAAUAUUCGUCAAGGAAUUGCAAAAAAUUGUAUAUACCUCUUAGUAUGAGAAAAGUAAAUCAUGCCUUGUAUUACGGAACUACUAACAGGUCUUAGCAUCCUCGUAUUAUCAAUUUACUAAUUAUUAUUGAAUUAUU